GCUGCAAUAUAAAGUAAAGAUUCCCAUCUUCCAGCCACGCACUUGCCAAGAAAGGGAAAUAGGUUCAAGAGUCUGGGGAAAAAAAGUGCUGCGGCCGGCGGCAAGCAGGGCGGCUGCUCCCGUCAUGGCGGACUGCGAAUGCCCGGGCAGAGCGGCAUUUCUGGGAUGCGUGUGGAUGGCACCCCAGCCCUGGCACCCCGAGAGGAGCAGCGAGCCUGGUGGUCUGGAGCAUGGAGAGGCAGGAGUGCAGGGCACAGGCCCGGGCUGGACCCCACAGCCAAACAAACUUGUUCACCUUGGAGCUACAAAUAUUGGUGAUUUGAGAUUAGCGCUCAUCCCCCACUGUUCCCACACAAGCAAGGACCAGAAAAAUGAAUAUCCAGGGGAAAGGCUUCCCCUUGGACCUCGGAGGAAGCUUCACUGAAGAUGCUCCAAGGCCACCAGUUCCUGGUGAGGAGGGGGAGCUCGUGUCCACAGACCCAAGGCCAGUUAGCCAUGGUUUCUACUCCGGUAAAAGUGAUGUGGUCAGAAACGAGACGUCCACAGCAACACCGAGGCGCUCCGAUUUGGAUUUGGGGUACGAGCCCGAGGGGAGUGCUUCGCCAACUCCACCCUACCUGAAGUGGGCCGAGUCACUGCACUCCUUGCUGGAUGAUCAAGAUGGCAUCAACCUCUUCAGGACUUUCCUGAAACAGGAGGACUGUGCAGAUCUGCUGGACUUCUGGUUUGCCUGCAGUGGCUUCAGGAAGCUGGAGCCGUGCGUGUCUAAUGAGGAAAAAAGACUCAAGCUGGCAAAAGCCAUUUACAAAAAAUACAUCCUCGACAACAAUGGCAUUGUGUCCCGGCAGAUCAAACCGGCCACAAAAAGCUUCAUCAAAGACUGUGUCAUGAAACUGCAGAUUGACCCUGACAUGUUUGACCAGGCCCAAACGGAGAUUCAGUGCAUGAUAGAAGACAAUACCUACCCUUUGUUCCUUAAGUCGGAUAUUUAUUUGGAAUACACAAGGACAGGUGGGGAAAGUCCAAAAAUUUAUAGCGAUCCGAGCUCGGGGUCUGGGACAGGUAAAGGGCUGCCUGGUUAUCUGCCAACUCUGAACGAGGACGAGGAGUGGAAGUGUGACCAAGAGGCCGAGCCCGAGGCCAGCAGGGACUCGGCGCCUUCCAGCAGGCUCACGCAGAAGCUGCUCCUGGAGACGGCCACGCAGCGCGCCGCCUCAGCCCGGCGCUACAGCGAGGGCAGGGAGUUCAGGCAUGGGUCGUGGAGAGAGCCUGUUAACCCCUACUAUGUCAACACGGGCUAUGCUUUGGCACCAGCCACCAGUGCCAACGACAGCGAGCAGCAGAGCAUGUCCAGCGACGCCGACACCAUGUCCCUGACAGACAGCAGCGUGGAUGGGAUCCCACCGUACAGACUCCGAAAGCAGCAUCGCAGAGAGAUGCAAGAAAGUGCCAAAGCAAAUGGACGCGUGCCACUACCUCACAUUCCUCGUACCUACCGAAUGCCAAAGGAUAUCCACGUGGAACCAGAGAAGUUUGCUGCAGAGCUGAUCAACCGUUUGGAGGAAGUACAGAAGGAGCGUGAAGCAGAGGAGAAGUUGGAGGAGCGCCUUAAACGCGUUCGAGCGGAAGAAGAAGGUGAGGAUGCAGAUAUCUCUUCUGGUCCCUCAGUCAUGAGCCACAAGAUGCCUUCUGCCCAAGCCUUCCAUCACUUUGCUCCUCGUUAUGCUGAGAUGGGCUGUGCUGGGAUGCAGGUGAGAGAUGCCCAUGAAGAAAACCCCGAAAGCAUCCUGGAUGAACACGUGCAGCGUGUGAUGAAAACUCCAGGCUGCCAAUCUCCAGGACCUGGCCGUCACUCUCCUAAGCCACGGUCCCCAGAAAGUGGCCACUUAGGAAAGCUGUCAGGGACACUAGGAACAAUUCCUCCAGGGCAUGGCAAGCACGCACCAAAAUCAGGAAUGAAACUGGAUGCAGCUAACUUAUACCACCAUAAACAUGUCUACCACCACAUCCAUCACCACAGCAUGAUGAAACCAAAAGAGCAGAUCGAGGCUGAGGCCACGCAGCGGGUGCAGAACAGCUUUGCUUGGAAUGUAGAUUCACAUAACUAUGCAACAAAGUCACGAAACUACAGUGAAAACUUGGGCAUGGCCCCUGUCCCCAUGGACUCUUUAGGCUACAGUGGGAAAGCAAGUCUGCUCUCAAAAAGGAAUGUUAAGAAGACUGAUUCAGGGAAAAGUGAUGGUGCCAACUACGAGAUGCCAGGAUCUCCUGAAGACGUGGAGAAAAACCAGAAGAUCCUUCAGUGGAUCAUAGAAGGAGAGAAGGAGAUCAGCAGGCAUAAGAAAACAAACCAUGGCUCUUCAGGUGCUAAGAAGCAGCUGUCCCACGACAUGGUCCGGCCCCUGUCCAUCGAGCGACCGGUGACAGUGCACCCGUGGGUCAGCGCCCAGCUCCGCAACGUCGUCCAGCCUUCCCACCCCUUCAUUCAGGAUCCCACCAUGCCACCCAACCCAGCCCCCAACCCUCUCACCCAGCUGGAGGAAGCUCGCAGGAGGUUGGAAGAGGAGGAAAAAAGGGCUGGAAAGCUCCCCCUUAAGCAAAGCAGGUUGAAGCCCCAGAAGAGGCCGGGCGGCGGCGCGGCGCAGCCCUGCGAGAACAUCGUGGUGGCCUAUUACUUCUGUGGGGAGCCCAUCCCCUACCGCACGCUCGUCAAGGGCCGCGUGGUGACGCUGGGACAGUUCAAGGAGCUGCUGACCAAGAAAGGGAACUACAGGUAUUACUUUAAGAAAGUGAGCGACGAGUUCGACUGUGGUGUGGUCUUCGAGGAGGUGCGGGAGGAUGACACCAUCCUGCCCAUCUUCGAAGAGAAGAUCAUUGGCAAGGUGGAGAAGAUUGAUUAGGCUCCAGGGCAGUGAGGACAGGACUGUGAAGGACUCUGGGACCGGAGGAGAAGGCCUGGGGCGGAUGCUGGCAGUGCUGCCACCACGGGCACCAGGCGAGCCCAGAGCAGAGGGCGGCAGCUCCGCUUUCCUGCUCGGAUCUGGGCAAGCUCCAGGAUGCCAGUGGAUGCCCUUUCACCCCACAAACCUGCCAGUGGGAGCCUGGGCUCCCUCUCCAUACCGAAUAUAAGUGUAAUGUAGCAUUGUACAGUGCAUUAGAAAGUGUAAUAUGACCUUGUUUACUAAAGCUGCAUAUUUUUGAUAUAUUGUAAUAAAAGGAAAAUAUUUCCAAUGUCA